CAAUCCCAAAUCUCUCUCUCUCUCUCUCUCUCUCUCUCUCUCUCUCUCUCUCCAUUCUUCACUGCUAUGCCUCGUCUGAGCGCUUUCGCACUCAUUUUCUUAGUGGUAAUGGCCUCAUUUGUGUCAACUCUGGAAAGCAGAAAGCUCUUGGAUGUAAAGAAGGACGAUGCCGAGUACAAGAAGAAAGAGGCUUCUCUGUUUCUAAGUGCCCUUCCGAAGGGCAACGUGCCUGCUUCUACCCCAAGCAAGAAGGGUCACGCCGUCGUCGUCAACGAAAAGCUCAUCGCACGCCAUCUUAGCGGCGAACCAAAUCGGAUUCUGGCGCAGUCUGUUCCAAGCCCCGGCGUCGGCCAUUGAUUAGUAUCAGUUAUAUAUUCGCAAUAACUAUUCGUAUUUUUUUUCAUUGACUGUUAGAUCUCUAUAGUCACUACAGUUUUGGAAUUUUUUUAAUUUUUAAUUUUUAUAGUGGAGUGGUUAGGUAUAGAAUUUAAAGAGUUGAAGAGAACUGUAUAGACAGUAUAUUGUUGGGAUUCAUUUUUAUAAUCUGCAUCCCUUUAGAUAUUAUAAAGACGGUGCUUGUACUGUUUUACAAGACCUUAUUGUACCAUUGUUCAUAUUCUUUAUUAUAUGUGGUUGCCCUUUUUUCUUUU